AGAAGCCUAAAAAAAACAAAAUUUAUUUGGUAGAUCAUCUGUUUACUCCAAAGUAGUUGAAAUGUAUAUGUAAAUAAAAGUUUGAAUAACUUUCCAUUUUUUCUCAUUUUCAAUUAGUUUCAUUUUCCAUGGAAAAUUCUUUGGAUAGAUCAGAAUUUAUUCUUUAUUUCCUUUUAUGGUCGUCAGCUGUACUUUAUUCAAUAUCAACAUUCAAUCAGCAAAGUUCGAAAUAUUUUUCCAUUUACCAAGAUGAUUAUAAUGAUUUUGAAGCAGGUGUUUUCUCAAACAGUCGUAAAGAUAUUGCAGAUUUGGAAUGGCAAACAAUGCUCUAUCUUUUCAAGAGAAUUUGGAUAUGGAUAAUUAUUAUGCUUGCAUUGUCAGAGAAAUUAAAACAGUAUUGCUACUUUAAUGAGUUGAAGGUACUCAGAAUAACUUUGUCUGUGAUAUUUAUACUUACAUACAUAGGACCAAUAGCCUUGAUUGGAAUAUUAGCUCAACCAGUCAUAUUUAUAAUCAUAACGAAUAAAACUUCACAAAAAGCAAUGCUGUGGAUUUCUAAUAUCAUAGUAAUAUCAAUGAUAUCAAUUUAUAAGUAUUAUGUUAUUAAUGAAUCAUUCAUGCUAAGGUAUAAGCUCAAUGAGAAAGAAAACUACCUACAAAUUUUAGCUAUUUACUGGACUAAUCUUAGAUGCUUUUCCUAUUUCAUGGAACAUACUGAUAAAAAAGAAAAAAAAUCCACUUUAAAUUUAUUGUCUUAUUGCCUUUACUUACCUGUACUUUUCAAUGGUCCAUUUAUUUUUUAUUCGGAUUUUAAAAAAAAUGAACAGAUCACUCUUUCUUUUAGAGAAAGAAUAAUAAUUAUUUUCAAAGAUCUGAUGAGAUUCAUUUUUUGGAUGAUAUUCAUAGAGCUAGCUCUUCAUUUUUUUUAUGUUAACGCAACAUCUUUUCAAGUAGGGCUUGUUGAAUCAUUUGAUGAUUGGGCUCUAUAUGGCUAUGGUUAUCUUAUGGGGCAAUAUUUUCAUAUGAAAUAUUUAGUGGUUUAUGGUUUGAGCACAAGUUUUGCCAAAUUUGAAAAUAUUCCUGUUCCAUCUUUACCAAAAUGUAUAGGAAGAAUUCAUCUGUAUUCCGAUAUGUGGAAAUAUUUUGAUAAUGGAUUAUAUAGAUUUUUGUUGAGAUAUAUAUACAUUCCAAUGAUGAAAACUCCUUAUUUCAACAAAAAGAUUCUGGCAAGUUUGGCUUGUUUUACUUUUGUAUAUAUAUGGCAUGGUUUGGAUACCUAUAUCUUAAUUUGGGUUAUUUUGAAUUUCAUCGGAAUUUUCAUUGAAAACUCAAGUACUGCCAUUUAUAAAAAUUAUUUGCAAGACUCAAAGAUAGAGAGAUACUUAGGAAUGCAAUGGAUUACGAGGAUAACAUGUUUAUUGCAAAGUUUUUUGCUUGCAAUGUCUGCUAUCUCAAAUUUUUUCUUUUUCUCUAAUGUGAGCAUUGGGACUGUUUUUGCAACCAGAGUUUUUGAAGCAAGUUUCACAAGCAACACUGUUUUGAUAUUGGCUUUAUAUUGCUGCUGUCAUUUUUCUACAGAAUUAAAAAAAUCAUUUAAUGAAGAAAAGAACACUUGAUUUUACAUUUUUAAUUCAUAUCUACAAAUACUUAAGUAAAUAUACAAUACUCUUGUAAAAAUUGUUUAAUAGAAAAUCUAUAAUAAUUUUUCACCAAACAAUAACAGUUCUUAUAUUAAUGAAAAUUAUAUUUCACAUUAUCACGUAUGACUGAUAUAUGAUUUUAUAAUUUUUUUUCUUGGGACUUUAAAAUUUCCAUUCUUUUACGCCUAUUCAUUUCUAGUCUUCUCAUGGCCUCUUGUCUGUUUCUUUCAAUGAUUUCUUUUUGCUUGGCCUCUCGUAUUGCUUUCGCUUGAAGCCUUUUUCUCUCUAUCUCAUUUGAGGAACAUUUUGAAGAAAAUUGAUCACUACCUAGAAUGAGACAAGAAGGUAGCAAUUUAAAAUUCUUUUAAUGAUAAGUAAUACUUACUUGUAUUAUUACUUGGGGAUACUUGCGUUGCUCGUUUUUCUUUAUCCUUUCUUUCCAUUAACCUAGCUAACGCUUCUUUGCGUUUCAUUUCAAUUUGUUCCAUUACAUGUUUAGGUAAAUUAUCUGUAAAGAUUUUGAAAUUUUUUAUUGAAACAUAAAAUAUUGUAUUGUGGUACUACAAUUUAAUAAAAAAAACUUUCAUAAACCGA